AUCCGACCACCCCAAUAAAAGCCCCCUCCUCUCCGCUGCUGCAUCCUCACCCUCUCCCAUACAUACACCACCUUUUCUUCUUAUAUCCAUUCUCUACAGCUUCACAAUGCGCGGCUUCGCAAAGUGUGUUGCCCUCGGGCUCAUUGGAGCUGCCGUCGCCUCAGAUGUUCACCAGCUCACCAAGGACACAUUCGCCUCGUUUGUGGAGGAGAACGAUCUCGUGCUCGCAGAGUUCUUCGCCCCAUGGUGUGGGCACUGCAAGGCCCUUGCCCCCGAGUACGAGACUGCCGCCACAACACUGAAGGAGAAGAACAUUGCGCUAGCAAAGAUCGACUGCACAGAGGAGUCAGAGCUGUGCCAGGAGUAUGGCGUGGAGGGUUAUCCCACCCUUAAGGUGUUCCGCGGACCGGAAAACAUCUCCCCUUUUACUGGCCAGCGGAAGUCGGAUGCCAUUAUCUCUUAUAUGACCAAACAAGGUCUCCCAUCCGUCUCUACCUUGGACAAGGAAACCAUCGAGGGCUUCAAGACCUCUGACAAGGUCGUCCUUGUCGCCUACUUCGCCGCCGAUGAUAAGGCAUCAAACGAGACCUUCGCAGAGGUCGCGAACGGUCUACGGGAUAACUACCUCUUCGGCGCCACCAACGAUGCUGAGCUAGCUAAGGCUGAGGGCGUGAAGCAGCCAUCCAUCGUCCUAUACAAGACUUUCGAUGAGGGCAAGGAUAGUUACACCGAGGCUUUCACUAAGGAGAACAUUGAGGAUUUCAUCAAGGUCGCAGCCGUGCCCCUUGUUGGUGAAGUUGGCCCGGAGACAUACGGUGGCUACAUGGCUGCCGGUAUCCCUCUCGCCUACAUCUUCGCCGAGACCCCAGAGGAGCGUGAGGAGCUCGCCAAGGAGUUCAAACCCCUUGCUACCAAGCACAAGGGCGCCAUCAACUUCGCCACCAUCGACGCCAAAGCCUUUGGACAACACGCUGCUAACCUCAACCUCGAGGUCGGCAAGUUCCCCGCUUUCGCCAUUCAAAAGACGGACAAGAACGAGAAGUACCCAUAUGAACAGGCAGGAAAGCUCGCGAUCAAGGACAUUGGCAAAUUCGUCGAUGACUUCGUCGCCGGGAAGGUCGAGCCCAGCAUCAAGUCUGAGCCGAUCCCCGAGAAGCAGGAGGGCCCGGUCACAAUUGUCGUUGCCAAGAACUACGCAACUGAGGUCAUCGACAACGACAAGGACGUCCUCAUCGAAUUCUACGCCCCGUGGUGCGGUCACUGCAAGGCUCUCGCUCCCAAAUAUGAGGAGCUCGCCGCUUUGUACUCUUCGUCUGAGCUCUCCAAGCUGGUUACCGUCGCUAAGGUCGACGCCACCCUCAACGAUGUUCCUGAUGAGAUUCAAGGCUUCCCUACCAUCAAGCUGUACGCUGCUGGCAAGAAGGACUCUCCCAUUGAGUACAGUGGCUCCCGCACCGUCGAGGACCUCGCCGCAUUCAUCAAGGACAACGGCUCUCACCACGCUGAGGCUGGCGAGCCGGAGACCGUCGAGCUCCGUGACGAGUCCGAGAUGCCCGAGCAGGCCCCGGCUGCCACCGAGGUGGCAGAUGAGACGGUUGACCACGAUGAGUUGUAAAUGCAUUUUCUUGUUAUCUCUUUUUUUCCCUAGCUAGCUCCUUGGGUGCACCCUGAAAUCUUUUCAACCCGUGCAUCUAACGUGUAUUAUGUCCGCUUCAGCUCAAGUUAAGUCGACGCUGCAUCGGUGAUGAAGCGAGGAUGGUCGACGACCAUGGAGGAGAGCGUGGCGGAAAAGACUGCAAAUGCUGCGGUUAUGGCUCUUGGGUAUCGGUUAUGGGGCUUACGGAUCGGCUUUUUCACAUGGGUUUCGCGCUGUGCUAUAAC